ACGCUAAACCGACGAGAGGAGCCGAGAGGGGUGUUUAUCUGCCCCUGAUCAGCCCCCGAACUACCCCUGCGUACCGCAGCCGGCCCGUUUCGACUCGUGUUCGACCCCCUCGACUGAGAGUGUCCGCUCGGCUCGUGUUGUUUGUGGACGGUUCGGUUCGAGCUCGCCUGGGCGGAACCACCGAGGACUCGGCUCAGAUGAUCCGUCGGUGACGUUUCUCCGGGUUUCCUGUUUGAACGAUGGGUGAAGUUAAGGACGCCUGAAGUAUAAACCCAGUGAAGGAUACUGGUCAUUGUGGACUGAAUCAUGCUUCACAUCGACCCCCUGUGCGUGGCUAGUCUGUAGAGGUGGAACCCGAGUCUGAUUUGUCAUUUGGUCACGCUGUCCUAUCAAGAGCCAUGGCUAGCAAGAGGAAGUCCACGAUUCCCUGCAUGAUACCUGUGAAGACCUUGCAUCUUCAGGAUGGUCUUGAGUGGGCCAGGCGCUCUCCUUCGACCAAGGAAGGCGUCCUCUCGCUCAGCGAGGAGGCGAGCGCAAAAGCCCUCCACAGUUCGUCCGAAUCAUCCGGGCAGGACGGCGCCGGUGUCCCUAAAGAUAACGGCACUUACACCUGCCGGCUGUGUAACUUUGAGACCCAGGACCUGAACCUCUUCCUCGAUCACGUCUACAGCGGGCAUCCAGAGUUCCGCACCGACCCUAGCUUCUUCUGCGUCGACUGCGGGGUCGGGGCUGCGAAAUUCGAAGGUCUGGCUUUGCACAACGCAAGAGUCCAUCCCAGUACGGUCACCACCAUGCUUCAGCUGAAAAAGAAGGACCGGAAGUUCACCGUCGAGCAGAGCAUCGUCUCGAACCCUGCCGAAAGCUCCGGCUCCAGGGAGUCCGAGAUAUCCAUCACCAAGACUCCGAUUAUGAAAAUGCUGAGCAGGAAAUCGGAGCCUAAGAAGAUUGUGGUCUCUCACCCUGGUGGCGACGAGCCGGCGGCGGCGGCGACCGUGAAGCAGGUGGAGCCUGCCGACGUCCCGGCGAUCGCGGUCACCCACGUGCCCACCAUCGUGCACAACGGAUCGGCCGGCAAGGUCACCGUGCCGUCGGCGAUACAGAUCGUAAACGGUUCGGGAGCGCUACCCAUGCUGAAGACGGCCAUCACUCAAGUGGUCUCCGUGGUCCAGAGCAGAAGUCUAACCCAGCAGUCGCCUUCGAAUUCUUCCCCCUCAUCUUCUACCCCUUCCCCAUCGAGCUCCAAGAACCUCCCGAAGGUCAUGAUACCCCUGAGCAGCAUUCCUACCUACAACGCCUCCAUGGACAGCAGCAGCUUCCUGAAAACGUCCUUCAGCAAGUUCCCCUACCCGACCAAGGCGGAGCUGUGCUACCUCACCGUAGUCACCAAGUACCCCGAGGAGCAGAUCAAGAUCUGGUUCACGGCUCAGAGGCUCAAGCAAGGGAUAAGCUGGUCGCCGGAGGAGAUCGAGGACGCCCGGCGGAAGAUGUUCAACACCAUCAUACAGACGGCGCCCUCCGCCGGUCAGCAGCAUCGCCAGAGCCAGCAGACCAUAACGGUCUUGCCGGCAUCCCUCGGUGCCACGAGCAUCCCUCACAUCCUACAUGGAAACCUAGUCAGCCAAGGUGGGGUGAUAGUCACCCAGCCUAUGAUCUCUAACGGGAUUCAGGUCAGCAAUGCCCCAGUCGCCCUGGCUGUAACCCCCAAGCCCCAGUCUGCAGCAAAGCCGUCGAUGCAGGCUAAGCCCGCCGCCGCGCUGGUCGCCGAUAGGGGGCUUAACAUGGUGGUGGGCAACGUCGGAAGCAGCAACAGUGGAAAUGCCACCAUUAUUACCAGUUACGGAAGCAGCGGUAUUAGCAGUAGCAGUAGCAGCACCAGCAGCAGCAGCACAAGCAGUAUUAUUAGCAGUGUUAGCGCAAGCAGCAAUAAUCACACCAGUGUGAUUAGCAUGGGCGUAAGCAGCAACGGAAAGCUCAAAGGCAGCAGCAGCAGCACAAAGGUCAAUACAUUUAGCACUAAUGGAAAAAGCAGCAACGACAAAACGGUCCAGGAGAUCAAAACAAGCACUGACGUCGAUAGCGACCUCGCUAAAAGUAGCUCGGACGUCCAGGACGGCACCGACGGGAAGGAAAACGUAAACUCCAAGAGCGAUGCCGAGAGCAAGGGCAGCAGUAGUCCCAGUGUUCCAGCCAGUUUUAGCCCAGCUACCGUUGAAACCCCGCCCGGUAAGUCCGAAUCGCCGUCUUUAUCCUCCUCCAACUCUCGCAGCAUCGCGACCCCCAGCCUCCUGGACCCGAGCUUCUUCAAAGCCAAAAAAUCCCAGGAACAGCUCUCGGCUUUAAAGGAAAGCUUUCUCGUCAGCCAGUUCCCCACUCAGGAGGAAGUGGACAGGCUGAUAAGUCUGACCGGCUUGACCGUCCGUGAGGUGCGCAAGUGGUUCAGCGAUCGGCGCUACCAUUUCCGCAACACCAAGAGCUCGAAGUCGGGCAACGGGGGUCAAUCUUCAUCGAGCGGGAGUUCAUCAAGCUCCAGUACCGCUGCGGAAUCUGUGGACAAUCCUGCGCCACCCGAGAGGCCCAAAACGCCCCCGCAGGUUCCUCUGAGCCCCUCGCGUCAGCAGCACACCACACCGCCGACUCCGACCAGGCGGCAUCUUCGAGCCCUGUCCCCGGACUUCACGGCGGUGAGGUACAAGGAGAGGGAGCCCCACCAGCUCCGUGCCCUCGAGUCUAGUUUCGCCCAGGAUCCCGAUCCUCCUGAAGACGAGGUGGACAGGUUGCGCACGGAGACCAAGAUGACCCGGCGCGAAAUCCACGGCUGGUUCGCCGACCGGCGGAAGAGGGUGGCGGCCGAGAGGAAGAGGGAGGAGUUAGAACGGGCGGAAAGGGAGGAGGACGAGAAGGAAGAGGCCGAAGAAAAAGCCAGCGAGGAAGGGGCGACGGAAUUGAAAGAAGACCUCGACGAUGAGCAAGGCGGCGCCGAGCUGAAGGUGAACCCGAUAAAGAUCAACCUCAAAAUGCUGAAAGUCACCGAAGCCAACGGGAAAGGCGAGGCAGAAGGAAGUCCGCAGCCAGAGGCGACUAAAGUGCCCUCGCCCGCCCCUCAGACGUCCGCCCAGACGCCUCAACCGUCUCAGGCCGCAAACCGAACUAAGAAGACGCCGGAUCAGCUCCAUCUCCUCAAGCAAGCCUUCGCUCGGACGCAUUGGCCCAGCAGUCCUCUGUACAACGAACUGAUCACGAAGACCGGCCUGCCUCGCGCCGAGGUGGUGCGCUGGUUCGGCGACUGUCGCUACGUCCUAAAGAACGGUCAGCUGAAGUGGCUCGAGAGCUACCAGGCCAUGUUAGAGGAGGAGGACUUCAACAAGGCAGACGUCACCGUUCUCCAGGAACACCUGAGCACCUACGGAAGGCUGGCUGAGGAUCAGCUGGAGGUCUUGGCCAAGUCGAGCGGGCUGAGUGAGGAGCUGGUCAGCAAGUGGUUCGCAAAGCAAACGAGAGCUGAAGAUGCGGAGGUCGUGGAGAUGGAAGCUUCGUCCUCCUCGGCUAAGGCUGCUGUUGAGUCGGUUCUGCAGGACGUGGAAGACACGAAGAAGAAACCGAUGAAGCAGUCAGAGGUGUCAGCCAGCGACGAGCAAGGGUGCGAGGACUGAAGAUGCCAGCGGGACCACGAGUGAAUGUGUGUAUUAGAUGGACAGAUGUGUUGCCCCGUCGGACGCCCACCGCAGGAGGCCUUUUACUGCAGUUUUGUGUAGCUGGCGGACGUGAUGGAGGACUGAACCCAUCCGGCAGAGCCAUUUUAAACCCACACACACACACACACACGGUGCGACCUCGGAACUGUCGGAUUUUUAUUUUUUUUUUACGCCUGGCUAUUUUUAGAUCAGGAUGGACUACAUAUGAGCUCCGAGGACAGACGGAGAUAGGGGGGGGGGGGGGAGCGGACGGUAGGGACGGAUGUCCGUCCGUCUGUGUUUGAAGGAAACGUUCGGUAGGUCGGAGGUACGAGUCUCACGCUACGCUGCUCACCGCCAGCUUUCCGUUUGGUUUUUAAUCGUAGACGUCGUGUCUAGAGAACGUUUAUCUGUGUUCCAUAGUGAAGUGUCAGUACUGCAGCACACGGCCUUCUGGGUAACAUUUCCACCGUGGGGGACGGAGGGAGGUUGGGGGGGGGG